GCGUGAAGCGGAGUCGGCCAUGUUCCAUCGCCAGGUGUUUGAGGAGCUGCGUCGUGAGAUCCUGUGGGAGGCCAGCGACCCCACCCAGUCGGCUGCUGUCGCUGCUGUCCAGGCCUCCUUCAGCUGUCAGGCAGCGGCCAUCAUCGUGGUCACCAGGUCGGGCAAAUCUGCUGCGGACAUGUCCCACUUCCGUCCGCGCUGCCCGAUCCUGGCCAUAACCCGUGAGGCGCAGGUGGCCCGGCAGAUGCACCUGUGGCGGGGGAUCCACCCCCUGUGGUACCCCGAGGAGAAGCGGAAAGAAAACUGGGUGGAUGAUGUGGAGGCCAGGGUCACCUACUGCAUCGAAUAUGCGAAAAAUUGCCAACUCAUGAAAGUCGGGGAUACAGUCGUGAUCGUGACGGGUUGGCGCCCUGGCUCCGGGCAUACCAACACGAUGCGUAUCAAAUGCAUUAUGGAGUAAGGCCUGUACGAACCGCAGGGAAAACAAGAGGGUUUGCUAAGCCAGGUAACAAUGUGGUGGUGGUGACUGGCUGGCGGCCCGGACCUGGCUUCACCAACACCCUGCGUAUCGUGCAGGUAGAAUAAAUAACAGCAGCAGUGAAAGGACUCAAAGUGUACGUCUGGACUCUAAACUAUUCUCUCCUAUCUGAUAGUCUGGGUACCAUCUGGAAAGUAGGUCGCUCCGACGUUAAUUAUAUAUACACUAUAUACAGUCGCUUCUCUGCUGUUCCGUCUGGGAACCUUGACCACGUUAACGUCUGGAAUUGUCCAAAUUUUGGACGAGGGCGCUGAUUGGUAUCUACACAUGAGAGAAUAAAGGAAUGGGUUCAAGCGAUCAUUUGAACAGGUGUUCCAAUACCCGAAACUCCCUCUGUCCGCUUGCGGGGGGGCUGUUGUCAUCGAAACGAGAACCCAUUCCUUAAUUUGCUUAUUAACUGACAUCACCACCAAACAGUUUGAAUGUGCAGGUCUCCAGACAGGGAGUAGAUGUGAACAUAGGAGUGAACUACUAACCGGGUGGUACCCAGGCUAGAUGAGAGGGGGUGUUCGUCUGGACUCUAAAGUAUUCUCUCCUACCUGACGCAUGUGUGCACAAAAGAAAAUACCUACAAUGUACCCACCCAAGUAUAUGCUCUAGUUAAAAUAUUACGUAAAUGUACGUCAAACUUCAAACACUAUAGGGACCUCCAAUUGCAAAAUAGUGCUCUAACACAACAGUUGGAGCUUUAUGUACUUGCGCAACAAAGACUUAGUCUUACAUCUAUAUAUUGUGUGUAUUGGACUGAGAAAGUUUAUUAUUUGAGAGAUGAAAUAAGCAACUACCAACAUGGAAGAGAAAUGUUGACAAAGGAAGAUGCUGUGUGUAUAGAGAUAUAUUUGGUAAAAACGGAUGCUGGUUAAGGUUAGAUGCAUACAAAGUGUACGAAGAUUGGCAUUAUAUUAUGUCCUUAUCCGUAAGAAGAGUAGACGGCGUGUCUAUCAGGUGCUAUGUUAAAGGUUCGAGGCUGUGUGACUAUACUUUGAGGUUACUUUGUGAGUGUGCUUUUUUUUGUAUUUGCUGAGGAGUGAAGAAUUAAAGCUGCAAAAAAUG